AUGGCCGAUAACGUUGCCGUCUCGACUUCUUCGUCCCUCCCUCCUCCCCAAAACCCUGCUGCUGCCUCCAACCAGCAGUACGAUGCGUCUCAGGGCAAUGGGCAAGCUAAUCCUUCCCACAUGCCACCGCCUCCCCGCCCGCCCGUGGUGAUUCCCCAGAACACCAACCCCAUCCCGACCGCCAUUACCUCCCCGAUGUCCGGAAACAUGAUGUCUCCCACCAGCGCCGGUGGCUUCGUACGCCGGGCUGCCCCUGAACCAAACAAGCGGGCUCUGUAUGUUGGUGGACUUGACCCUCGCGUCACCGAGGAUAUCCUGAAGCAGAUUUUUGAGACUACUGGCCAUGUCGUCAGUGUCAAGAUCAUUCCGGAUAAGAACAAGUUUAACAGUAAGGGGUACAACUACGGAUUCGUUGAAUUCGAUGACCCUGGUGCUGCCGAGAGAGCCAUGCAGACGCUCAACGGACGUCGCAUCCACCAGUCGGAAAUCCGUGUGAACUGGGCCUACCAGUCCAAUAAUACCAACAAGGAGGAUACUUCCAACCACUUCCAUAUCUUCGUUGGUGAUCUGAGCAACGAGGUCAAUGACGAGGUGCUCCUCCAAGCCUUUUCGGCCUUUGGUUCUGUCUCCGAGGCUCGCGUCAUGUGGGAUAUGAAGACCGGUCGCUCCCGUGGCUAUGGAUUUGUUGCUUUCCGUGAGCGCUCUGACGCCGACAAAGCCCUGAGUUCUAUGGACGGGGAAUGGCUCGGCUCCCGCGCCAUUCGCUGCAACUGGGCCAACCAAAAGGGCCAGCCUUCUAUUUCUCAGCAGCAGGCCAUGGCCGCGAUGGGAAUGACGCCCACUACGGCGUUCGGUCAUCACCAUUUCCCGACUCAAGGCCUUCAGAGCUACGACAUGGUCGCUCAGCAGACCCCACAGUGGCAGACCACGUGCUAUGUGGGUAACCUGACCCCUUACACUACGCAGAACGACCUUGUCCCGCUCUUCCAGAAUUUCGGCUAUGUUUUGGAGACUCGUCUGCAGGCCGAUCGCGGGUUUGCGUUCAUCAAGAUGGACACCCAUGAAAACGCGGCCAUGGCCAUCUGCCAGCUUAGCGGUUACAACGUCAACGGCCGUCCCCUGAAGUGCAGCUGGGGCAAGGAUCGCCCUCCCACCGGCCAGUUCGACAACUUCUCUGGUCAGCAGGGUAACUCGGGGUACAACUCCAACCCGACCCCGUACUUUCCCCAGUACGGCGGCCCCGGUGCCCCCAUGACCCCUCAAGGUCCUACUCCUACCCAGCGGGGAUGGGAUCAGUCUGGAAUGGCUGGCCAAGGUUAUGGCCAGGUCCCUGGUAACGCAGGAUAUGGCCGUGGUCAGGCCACGCCUACCUCCGGCUGGAACCAGCCUAACAACGCCAACUUCGGGAAUGGCUUCAGUGGCUACCAAGCUGCGUGGCCGCGACGAGCUAGUCGCGCCCAGCUUGCGCCAAUGGAAGAUGCAAGCAACGGCAAAGGUGUGGCACUCUCGCUGGACAACAAUGAGCAGCUCCCGGGCCGAGUGCGCUCGGGGAGCGCAAGCAGCGGACACAAGCGCAACUCCUCAGGCUCGCUGCUUUCACGUCUCUCCUUCCUCAGAAUGAUCCAAGCAACCCAGAACACCCCGGAGCGAAGUCAUUCGGGUAUCGAGCCCGACAACGGCAGCGAUUUCGGCUCCGGCUUACGAGGAGGAAGGGCCAUGUCGAAUGCGAUACAACAACACCGACGAACGCGCAGGAGAAGGGGAUCAUUACGAAAGACCGCCUUGCUAGGCACACGACUCGAUUAUCGAGACAAGAAACCGGCCAGGCUACCAGCAGAUGCUUUGCGGACAGAUCUCAACGGACAACCCCAACGGCCAGGACCUUCUCCCCUCCCCUCCGAUUCCCAGAUACGCCCCUUCGCCGAUCCAACCUCCCCCGAUAACGAUACCAUCACCCAACAAAGCCCAGGCCAACAAAAUCGUGGAGGAAAUAGUACCUGGACACUCAUGGAUGCACCACAACGAACCCGGAAUACGCAUCGUCAGCAGAACCAAUCCAAAGAAAGCAUCCUCGGCGAUGAGAUGACCACCGACGACGAAGACAUCAUCUCUUUUCCCCGCUCCAAUAGCUCAACUACUGCCAUUGCUGCUGCUGCGACAACCGCCGGCCUUCAUCUCCUACCUGCCUCGUCUAGCUCCGACUCGUAUUACGCCUUACAGGCCGACUCGACCUACAGACCUAUCCACCGUGCCAAAUCGCCUUUAGCAACACAUUCCGUCGAUAUUGCCAGCAGCUCGGAGAUCACAUGGGACUACUCGGAGACGGAAUGGUGGGGCUGGAUUAUACUGAUUGUGACAUGGCUGGUUUUCGUUGUCGGAAUGGGGAGUUGCUUUGGUGUCUGGAGCUGGGCUUGGGAUGUCGGGGAGACUCCCUACGCGCCUCCGGAGCUGGAAGAUGACCCAACGUUGCCAAUCGUGGGGUACUAUCCUGCAUUGAUUGUGCUAACGGCUGUGAUGUCGUGGGUAUGGGUGGUUGUUGCAUGGGUUGGGAUGAAGUAUUUCAAGCAUGCCAAUAUAUCUGGGGAGGACAUAUGA